AAGUACAUAGGUGGACGUGGUCGCUCUAUCAACUCUCACUUUCUAUCCUAGUUCAGUGAUAACAAUCUCAACCUCAAAAAUCUCCAGAAUCAAAAUAAAUGGACACCAUUCAUUUUCUAUAAAAACCAAGAUAUCAUAAAAAAUUAAUGAACUGAAUUCUUGUUCAAACUUCUUCUUCUUCUUCUAACUUAAAGGGAACUCAAGUUUUCAAGAGCAAAAAGAAAAAGACAUGGCUCAAACAAUGUUGCUGACAGCCAAUGCCAAAGUUGAUUUAAGGAGUAAAGAAUCCUUAGUUGAAAGACUAAAGCCUAAGCCUUUGUCUUCUUUCUUUUUGCCUUCUCUUCCUUUGAAAUACCCUUCUGCUUCUUCUUCUUCACAUUUCACAAGUACUACUGUUGCUCUUUUCAAGUCUAAAGCCAAAGCUCCUGCCAAAAAGGUUGUACCAAAGCCAAAGGAAAAAGUUGAAGAUGGGAUUUUUGGAACCUCAGGAGGAAUUGGUUUCACUAAGCAAAAUGAGCUCUUUGUUGGCCGUGUAGCUAUGAUUGGUUUUGCGGCAUCUUUGUUGGGAGAAGCAGUAACAGGAAAGGGAAUAUUGGCACAACUGAAUCUUGAAACUGGAAUUCCAAUCUAUGAAGCAGAGCCACUACUAUUGUUCUUCAUCCUAUUCAAUCUGCUUGGAGCCAUUGGAGCUUUGGGAGACAGAGGAAAAUUUGUUGAUGACCCUGCCCCUGCUACUGGUCUUGAUAAGGCUGUUAUCCCUCCUGGCAAAGGCUUUAAGGCUGCUUUAGGUCUUAGGGAAGGAGGUCCUCUAUUUGGAUUCACAAAGGCAAAUGAGUUGUUUGUAGGAAGAUUGGCACAACUGGGAAUUGCUUUCUCCAUUAUAGGAGAAAUUAUCACAGGGAAAGGAGCUUUGGCACAACUUAACUUUGAGACAGGUGUCCCAAUCAAUGAGAUUGAGCCCCUUUUGUUGUUUAACAUUGUCUUCUUCUUCAUUGCUGCCAUAAAUCCAGGAACUGGCAAAUUUGUCACUGAUGAGGAAGAGGAGUGAAGAUAUAUAGACUAGUUAGUUUCUGUUGUGUAGCUUUUUCUAAUAAACUUAAUUUAUAUUUCUUCAUAGUUGUGUGCACUCCAUCGUUAUUAUCUUAUUUAAUUUCCAGCAAAAAUGACUAAUGUGGAAGUGCAAAUGAUUGGAAGUUUAAGUGUCCUAUUGUAAUGAGAAAA